AUGUCCUAUAACCAAAAUAACACCACUGCAACUCCUGCAGUACCUUUAAACACUACUUUAGAGGAUAAACCACUUAUUUCAAAUAAUAACACUUAUAAUGAUAGUCCUACGAAUAAGAUUAUAUUUAUUUUUUUUUAUAUAAUUUACAUUAUUAUGACAAUUUAUACUUUUAUAUUAUUCCGAUAUGCACAUUACAGACGAAGUAGGAAUAAUAAUUUUGAUUUAAUAUCUAUAGAUUCUGGGUAUUUCGAAAAUUUUCACGAAGAUGAACAAGAAGAAAAUGUAGAUUAA